AUGCGAGUCACAAUCAUUCGUAGCAAUCUGCUCCCCCCGAGGCCAUACGAACGAAAUUCAGCGUAUUUCAAGGAAACUUGCCAGGCACGCUGUGGCAAAACCGAGCACAUUUUUUCAAUAUCUGGCCAGUUGCAUUUUGUAGGGGGAUCUCUACCGAUCCAUAGACUUAUCUCCAUAAAUAGCAAUGGUAGUACCAACUCAAAUAACUACCUUCACUUGGAUUUUCCCGAUAUAGAACAUUUCUUCGCAAUCGUCAGUCGAUAUUUCUUCUUUUCUCUCUGCACACUGACGAUUCUCAUAGCUGCCCUCGCCUUUUCCCUAUCAGUCCUACGAUCAAGCUCGAACCCAAGCACACAAAGAAAAGGACAGACAGCUCAAAACAUUACACUGAUGUCCGACCGCAAAGACAUCGUCGAACAAGACAGCGAAAUGUGCGUUGACCACACAGAAGACGUCGAAGACGAAUUAAAAAUUGCCGAAGAAGAGAAGCAAGGUUCAUCUCAAAUGGAUCCACCCUCGUCACGGCCACCAACUACGGCAUUUGUGCAAGGAGUGACUGCGCAACAAAUGCCCUCAGCAGCUCCGGUUUUGUUUGUGCCUCCGCAGAUGUGCGCCCCUCCGCAAGUCGUUUGUCCGGGGAUGCAAAUAAUGCAAACGGCAAUGGCGACGAUCCGGCAGGAGAUCAACGAACUACGCAAGGAAAUCAAACUUCAUCGGGGCUCCGUAGACUAUUUGGUCGACCACUUCGAAGACUGCAUACUCACGGCAAAUGCUAAGCCAGAACGAUCUCACGUCGCGGCUCAAGUCACCUUCAAAGAAGAACCAUCCACGUCCGCCAGCUACACCGCACCUAUGCAACUCCAGCCCGUUGGUGCACCGCAGAUCCCGUCCACGGCGUUAGCACCUCCGCCAGCGACCAUCUCCAUACCGCAAGUUCAAGUUCCUAUUGUUUCGAACGUGUCGAACAUUUCCAAUAAUUCGAACAUUCCGCCGAGCAAUUGUCUUUUUUGUAACGAGCAUCAUUGGUCCAACACAUGUUCGAGGUUUCCCUCUCUGAGUUCGCGUCGCCGCAGGUUCCUCGAACUCAAUCGCUGCGAGCGCUGUUUUGGCCCGGCCACUCAUCUGGCCACGGCAUGUCAACAAGAAGCGUAUGCUUUUUCUGUAAACAGGCUCGUAGGCUUCUGGACAUGUCGCGCCAUCAUACCGUUAUGUGUCCGUUUCAAUACCAUGAAUGAAUGUGAGAACGCGUCCCGCGCACUAACGGCUACGUACCUCCAGACUGAUCAACGUUGUCUCGGAUCGCUUGUUGCCGUUGGCUGA